CUUGUAAGGUAAACCGAACCGCAAACACCUUUUACCCUCCCUUUUAAAAAAACUCCCGUUAGCGCGUCUCGCCAUCGCCGUCAAAUACCACCACCACCGCCUGGGUGCCCGAAACACAGACCCAAAUCGGAAUUUCAGAGAGAGAGGGGGGCAGUCACUUUGUUAGCCCUCUCUUCUCUCUUAUCCAAUCAAAACCCUAAAUUGCUCGCAUUCACUUCACAUGCCAAUUCCUUCUAUUUGAUGCGACGCCCUCAUGUCCGCAACCGGGUCGGUUCCAAUUCCACCGACCAGACCGACCAGCACAAGAUGGAUCCUACUAUCAAACUCCAUACCCGAUCCAUCAAAUCCAAACUAAUUACUAUCAUAACCCUAAUCGUUCUCUUAUCUUGUUAUUAUCUCUAUAAAUCGAAAACGAAAUCGUUUUCUAAAAAAUACGGUAUCAUAAUCGACGGAGGGAGUACGGGUACCCGGAUUCAUGUAUUCGGGUACCGAAUUGGGAGUGGAGGGAAAGCUGUGUUUGAUUUUGAAGAAGGGGCAUUGAAGGUGAAUCCAGGGUUAUCGGCGUAUGCGGAGGAUCCGGAAGGGGCAGGUGGGUCGGUGGAGGAAUUGGUGGAGUUUGGGAAAGGGAGAGUGCCUAGAGAAUUGUGGGGAGAGACCGAGGUUAGGUUAAUGGCAACUGCCGGAGUGCGGUUGCUUGAUUUGGAGGUUCAAGAUCAGAUCUUGAAUGUGUGUAGACGGGUUUUGAGGAAGUCUGGAUUUAAGUUUCAGGACAGUUGGGCUUCUGUUAUUACUGGGUCGGACGAGGGGUUGUACGCUUGGGUUGUUGCGAAUUAUGCAUUGGGUGCUCUUGGUGGCGAUCCUUUGGAAACUAGUGGGAUUAUUGAACUUGGUGGAGCUUCUGCUCAGGUGACUUUUGUUUCAACGGAGCCAGUGCCUCCUGAGUUCUCACGAACUAUUAAGUUCGGUAAUAUUUCUUACAAUAUCUAUAGCCAUAGCUUUCUUCAUUUGGGACAGAUUGCUGCAUUUGAAGCAUUGAGGGAAUCACUUGUCUCAGGUGACCAUCAUUUGGCAGCUGCUGAAUCUCUUGAGAAGGGAAUAUUUAAGGACCCUUGUACUCCCAAGGGAUACUCACAUGUUGUGGAGUCUUGGAAGCUCUCUCCAGGUUCUUUGACUGAAAAGAACAGAUUUGUAUCCACUCUUCAUUCUAGGGGCAACUUCUCUGAGUGCAGAUCAGCUGCCCUAACACUGUUACAAAAGGGAAAAGAGAGAUGCUCCUAUCAGCAUUGCCACAUAGGAUCAAUAUUUGUACCUAAGCUUCAGGGGAAGUUCUUGGCAACAGAAAAUUUCUUCCAUACAUCAAAGUUCUUUGGACUGGAUCAAAGGGCAUUUCUUUUGAAUCUCAUGAUAGCUGGAGAACAGUUUUGUGGAGAGGAUUGGUCAGGUUUGAAAAAGAAACACCAAUCAUUCAAGGAUGAAGAUCUAGCACUCUAUUGUUUCUCUGCAGCAUAUAUCGUUGCCCUACUUCAUGACAGCCUUGGAAUUGCAAUUGAUGACCAAAGAAUUGGAUUUGCUAAUCAGGUUGGUAAUAUCCCACUUGAUUGGGCAUCGGGAGCUUUCAUCUUGUAUACCAAUGCUGCCUUGGAUAUGGAAGAGCACUCUGACUGGAUUGUGACUGUUAUUAGUUAUGACCCGCUGACACUACUCUCUCUAAUUGGCAUAGCCAUGGUAUUGAUAUUUGUUGCAUGGCCUAUAUCGAAGUGGGGGAAGCACCAGUUGAAGACAUUUUAUGAUCUAGAGAGGGGGUGGUAUAUAGUUACUCGAGGUGGAAAAAGUUGAUAGCAUCUGUGGCAGGAUACAAAUACAUAUUCCUGGCUUUGUAUAUCAGGUGGAAGCUUGUGUAAAUUACAUGAAGCAUCUAUUGAUUUUCCACGCUUCCCUGUUCACUGUACAGUCACCCACUCUUAAAGCUUGACAAUUCAGUGGGAAGGUGAGAUGUAUUAUUAUGUGGGGAUCCAAAAAAUGCAGUGUAACUAGUGAAAGAACAACGGUAUAGGAUAGAGGAUCAGUUUCCCACUAUGUAUCUAGCGGGAAUUCAAAUCCUUAUUUUUUACUUUUACCAAAUGCUUCCUCAUGGCCUGAACUACAGAAUUACUAGCCGGGAUGGGGGAGUUCUGCACCUCGACACUGUGUUCAGUGUGCUGUAUCAAAAUGAGUUAUUUAGUAUUUAUUCACUUCUA